GCUCACUUGCCUAUGUGGCCAGUAAUGCGAGCCCAGGGAGGGAGCCAUGAAGUGUCCCAGGUCCCCAUCCCCUUCUGCAGUCCUCUAGCUGGGAAUAUCUUUCUGGUGGAGUGGAUGCAGGAUGCUGCAGCCUGAAGGCCCCCGAGCCUUGGAGGAAGGGGCAGCCCUGACGGCCCCACGGAAUGACUGCAUCGUCUGCUACUCUGCCUAUGACCUCUCAAUACACUUGCCUCGCCGCCUCUACUGCGGCCACACCUUCUGCCAGGCAUGUAUGCGGCGGCUGGACACGCCAGCCCACGAGCAGCACUGGAUCCCCUGCCCACAGUGCCGUCAAAGUACCCCUAUGCCCCGUGGAGGGGUGACCAUGUUGGACCUGGACUUAGCUGCCUUUUUGGCAGUCAAAGCUGAACGGGAACCAUCAAGAAUAGAACCCAGGUCCUCGGUCCCCCUCAAAGUCGGCACUACCGUCACUCAGCAGCCGGCUGGACUCUAUCCCACCUUGGGCCCCCAACCCCACUUUCCUCAGCCUGGAUGCUGCUGCUGGGGCUGGGGAAGACUGUGCUGGUAUCCCUUGGGGAACCCUGAGGUCUAAACUCUGGCUAUCUCCACCUGC